AGGCGGCUUUCCUCAAAGCGGCUUUCCUCAAGGCGGAACUCCUCAAGGCGGCUCUCCUCAAGGCGGAACUCCUCAAGGCGGCUUUCCUCAAGGCGGAACUCCUCAAGGCGGAACUCCUCAAGGCGGCUUUCCUCAAGGCGGAACUCCUCAAGGCGGCUCUCCUCAAGGCGGUGGUAGCUCUUGGUAUAUUCCUGGUCCUGCAACCUUAAACAACCAACUGCCUUAUCCUGUCUUCUACGCUUCUGCAACAGGUCCUGUUCCUCAAGCCGGCUCUCCUCAAGCCGGCUCUCCUCAAGCCGGCUCUCCUCAAGGCGGCUCUCCUCAAGAUGGCUCUCCUCAAAGCGGCUCAACCUCCAGCUCUGGUGGCCAAGUCACUUAUCCUGCAACAGGUGGUGGUCAAGUAUCCUGUUCCACAGGUGACACCGGUUACUGGUCAGUUGGAAUCAAAAAGCUCCCUGGACCAGGUCAAGUGAGCGCUACUGCCAGCGGCUGGCUUUAUCUUUACCGAGAAGCUUCUCCACCUGCCCUUCCUCCAACCUCCAACACGGGUACCGGCUCUACACCUGCCAACAUGCCCCCUACGCCUGGUGGUGGUCAAGUACUCAGUCUCACAGAUGACACCGGUUACUGGUUAGCGACCUUCAACAAGCUUUCUGAAACAGGUCAAGUGAGCGCUACUGCCACUGGCUGGCUUUUUAUUAACCAAAAGACCCAAGGCAAUCUGCAGUUCCAGGCUUCUCCACCUGCCCAUCCUCCAACCUUCAAUCCGGUUGGCGGCUCUACACCUGCCAACAUGCCCCCUACGCCUGGUGGUGGUCAAGGACUCGGUCCCACAGCUGACACCGGUUACUGGUUAAUGGCCCUCAAAACGUUCACUGGACCAGGUCAAGUGAGCACUUCUGCCACCGGCUGGCUUUUUAUUGACCAAGACUCCCGAGGAAAUCCGCAGAUGCAGCCUUCUCCACCCGCCCUUCCUCCAACCACAGUACCGGGUAGCGGCUCUACACCUGCCAGCAUACAAUAUGGUGUUUCAGGUCAAGCACUCGGUCUUGCAGAUGACACCGGUUACUGGUUAGUGACCCUCAACAAGCUCUCUGAAACAGGUCAAGUGAGCUAUACUUCCACCGGCUGGCUUUAUCUUGACCAAGAGACCCAAGGCAAUCUGCAUUUCCAUGCUUCUCCACCUACCCAUCCUCCAAACUUCAACCCUGGUUUCAGCAUGCCCCCUAUGCCUGGUGGUGAUCAAGUAAGCGAAAACAGGCAGCCUGAAUGGGGAACUUAUGUCUCAUUCCCAGAGUUUGGCUUUCCUCAAAUUGUUUCAGCGAGUGAGAUGCCCGGAGAUCAGCUUCCGCCUCCAACUUACAUCACCCGCUCCAAAAAUAGCUACACGCGUGUACAACAAGUAUUUUCCCGCAGUACAUACAUCCCAUUAAACGUACCAGCCUCUGCCUUGUACCAUGUACCACAUGGGACACAACCAGUGACGGUGCCUGCAGGAGGACAGCCCACCCAUGGACCAGGCGGGACUCAACCAGUGACUGUGCCUGGAGGAGGCGGGACUCAACCAGGGACUGUGCCUGGAGGAGGACAGCCCACCUAUGGACAAGGCGGGACUCAACCAGGAGGACAAGGCGGGACUCAACCAGGAGGACAAGGCGGGACUCAACCAGGAGGACAGCCCACCUAUGGACAAGGCGGGACUCAACCAGGCGGACAAGGCGGGACUCAACCAGGAGGGCAAGGCGGGACUCAACCAGGAGGACAAGGCGGGACUCAACCAGGAGGACAAGGCGGGACUCAACCAGGCGGACAAGGCGGGACUCAACCAGGCGGACAAGGCGGGACUCAACCAGGAGGACAAGGCGGGACUCAACCAGGAGGACAAGGCGGGACUCAACCAGGAGGACAGCCCACCUAUGGACAAGGCGGGACUCAACCAGGAGGACAAGGCGGGACUCAACCAGGAGGACAAGGCGGGACUCAACCAGGAGGACAGCCCACCUAUGGACAAGGCGGGACUCAACCAGGAGGACAAGGCGGGACUCAACCAGGAGGACAGCCCACCUAUGGACAAGGCGGGACUCAACCAGGAGGACAAGGCGGGACUCAACCAGGAGGACAGCCCACCUAUGGACAAGGCGGGACUCAACCAGGAGGACAAGGCGGGACUCAACCAGGAGGACAGCCCACCUAUGGACAAGGCGGGACUCAACCAGGAGGACAGCCCACCUAUGGACAAGGCGGGACUCAACCAGGAGGACAAGGGGGACUCAACCAGGAGGACAGCCCUCCUAUGGACAAGGAGGACAGCCCUCAACCAUGGGACAGCCCACCUAUGGACAAGGCGGGACUCAACCAGGAGGACAAGGCGGGACUCAACCAGGAGGACAGCCCACCUAUGGACAAGGACUCAACCAGGAGGACAAGGGGGACUCAACCAGGAGGACAGCCCACCUAUGGACAAGGCGGGACUCAACCAGGAGGACAAGGCGGGACUCAACCAGGAGGACAGCCCACCUAUGGACAAGGGGGACUCAACCAGGAGGACAGCCCACCUAUGGACAAGGCGGGACUCAACCAGGAGGGCAGCCCACCUAUGGACAAGGUGGGACUCAACCAGGAGGACAAGGCCUCAACCAGGGGACAGCCCUCCUAUGGACAAGGGACUCAACCAGGAGGACAAGGACUCAACUAG